AUGUUGAUUUUACUUUUGCAGCGAGUUGGUGCUGGGACGUUUGGAAAAGUGUACAGAGGAGUGCACAAACAAACGGGGUAUACAGUGGCUAUAAAGGCUUUGGACAAAUCAAGGAUCAAGGACAAAAGAAUGACAGAAAAGGUUAUGCGAGAGACCAGAAUCUUGACGCUUCUUUCACAAGAUGGGCAUCCUCACGUUGUGAGAUUGUUUGAGUUCAUCGAGACGCCUACAAAGUUUUUCAUGGUCAUGACCCACUGCCCUGGGGGCGAUUUCUUUGAUUUCCUUGCUUACCGUGGGCAUGUGACGGAGAGUGAGGCCAGAGUUCUCUUCCUCCAGAUCCUUUCUGGAGUAGAGUUUUGCCACAACCACAAGGUUGUCGUUCAUAGGGACUUAAAACCAGAGAAUAUUUUGAUAGAUGCGGAGUGCAAUAUCAAGAUAGCAGAUUUUUCCCUUGCAAACAUAGUUCAGCUCAUCAACACCCGCGAUGAUAUGUUUUUUGAGAAGUUGAAGACGUCUUGCGGCUCUCCCAACUAUGCUGCACCAGAGAUUGUUUCAGGUGUAGAAUAUUCUGGUUUCCAGGUUGAUAUCUGGAGUUUGGGCGUCAUUUUGUACUCGUUGGUUUGCGGUAUGCUGCCCUUUGACGAUGACAAUCCUGUGAUCUUGUUCAAACAAAUCAAGUCAGGGAACUAUCCUCCUCCACCGUCACAUCUGUCACAAGAUCUUCAAGAAUUGCUGGCAAAGAUGUUGACAGUCGAUCCCAAGAGGCGAGCAACAAUCGCACGUACGACGAGGAUGUCUAUCACUUCACGAUGA